UAAACUAACCAAGUCAUUCGCUUUCAACGACGACAAAAGUAUACAUCGCCAGCACAUCGGCAGAAAUAUCCUCACAAUCUCUACAACGCUACAAGUAAUCGCAAAAAUGUACCGCGUCGUUUUCGCUGCUGCCUCGCUGGCUACUCUGGCCAUGGCUCGCACUGACUUGGUUGGUUGCACGUCGACCGAUGUCUCCUCUCCAGCUGGUGCUUCCCUCGCGUGGUACGUCCCAGGAACCGGCGAGCUCUGCGACUUCCUCGACUGCGGUGGUGGAGCUGGUGCUCCAAGAUACGACGUCCCAGGCUGCCCAAUGUACACCGGCACUGCCAGCUACUCCCCAUCUUACAUGCCAGGCUGGGGCUCGGCAACCGCUGCUCCAGCUGCCGCUUCGUCUGCCUGGGCUGCUCACUCUUCCGGCGCUUGGGGCGACCACAGCUCCACCUGGGCUGAGACCACUGCUAUGCCAACCGGCUACUCUCACUCCUCUUCUUGGGCUGAGAGCAGCAGCUCCUGGUCCAGCUCCGAGUCUCCAGAGUCGUCUUGGUCCUCGUCCUCUUCGUCCUGGUCCACCAGCAUGGUCGCCCCAGUUCUUACUACCGGCUACUCCACCCCAACCAUGAGCUCCAACGGUACCAUGGCCAGCGCAACCCCAAGCGCUCCACUCCAGCAGGUCGGCAGCGCUGGUAACACCCGCGUCUGGUUCGGAGGUGCUGCCAUCGCUGUCUUCGCCGCUGCUGUCGUCGCCCUCUAAACAUUUCCAGGCUGAGGACAUGGGAGAAUAUCUUUAUCAUCGGAGACUGUUUGCAUGAUUAGGAACACGGCACAUUGACAUGAAUGAAUGAAGUAUGCUCUUCGUUACAGCAUUCCACGCGUGAAAUGUAUGUAAUAAUGAUCAUGGAUGGUAUUGAUAAGAGCCUCGUCUACUUCUCAACCAUUUCUGCUGCGUCCAUUUCACAUGGUUGUGGAGUGAUCGCGUCUC